CUCGCUGCAGCGUCCGCACGUUUUGUAAAAAAAAAAUAAAAGUACGUAAUUAAUGUAAUCGUUUUUUUUUUCCGAACACCAUCGAACGCGCGUUACACGCGUUUAGUGCUCUCAGAUCUCUUGUGUCGAGUGUCGUAAAAAACGACAUAUUACCUAAUAUAACGGUGUGCGGUCUCGUUAAAACGCGUGUCUCGACGUACCUACCUGUGUAUAUAUACACAUCAAUAGGUGUGGUGCUCAAAGUGCCAAUAUGCAAUUACGCGAAACAGGUGCCUAUAGCGUUUUUUUACGGUGUAAAUACCGUUUAGUGCUCUCAGAUCUCUUGUGUCGAGUGUCGUAAAAAACGACAUAUUACCUAAUAUAACGGUGUGCGGUCUCGUUAAAACGCGUGUCUCGACGUACCUACCUGUGUAUAUAUACACAUCAAUAGGUGUGGUGCUCAAAGUGCCAAUAUGCAAUUACGCGAAACAGGUGCCUAUAGCGUUUUUUUACGGUGUAAAUACUAUUAUAUACAGUAGAACCCUCCUCGUCCGCCCACGACUGGUCCGCCACUCCGGUUGACCCGACCAUUUAGCAUUAUCGAUAUGAAUGCAUUUGGAUUUUUCAAUUUAUAGUGGAUAUAUUAUAUAAAAUGAAUUGCUAGUUUAAUAUUUCCCUUAUGUCAGGAGUCUGUGUACUCUGAUAAUCCGAUCUUUUUGGCGUUCCGACCACACACCCCCAGUCCCGAAGGUGACGGAUUAGAGAGGUUCUACUGUCGUUCAAUCGGGUUCGCUCGGGUCCCGCAGCCGUCAUGCCCGGGACGUUGUUGUCGUCGUACAACCGUCGGCGCGUCGACGGCGGCGGCGGCGGUACGAUUGGCGGCGGCGCCGGGGGAGCAGCGGCACGACUCCCGUGUCGUUACUACGCCACGGAAAGGCGGCGUCACAGGUAUUCGUCGUUUUCCAUAAUGAAAUGGUUCCGGAGGAGCAAGCACUACGACGACAGCGGCGACGACGACGACGACUCCGCCUGGUUCCGAGACGAUCUGCAGCGCCUACGGCAAGCGUACGUGGAACAGGAACCGGACUACGCGGCGGUCACGCCGGUCGCGGCUCGUCGCAGGCCCACGUCCGCCGCUACGUGGUCCCGGUGGUCGGGCAGUACGACGACCGUGUACAGUUUCGCGUACGUAGACGGACCGCCGCGGAACGACGACGAGAAGGGCGUCGCGACCCGACGAGACGGACGGUGUGCAGACGACGACGACGACGACAGAGACGCGGUCGAGUACAUCGAUGCGGCCACGCUGCCGGUGGCCCAACGGCGGCGGACGGAUCGCGGACAGGCGAACUCGCCGUCUAUCGCGGCCGGGACGAGUGCGCGCGUCGGCCAUCAGGCCGCGACGACCGGCACGAUGACGGCCACCAGGCGACGUAACAAGCGGGCCGCUCCACCACCGCCGCUGGCGACUGUUCAGGAAUGUCACGCCGUAGCCGCGGCAGUGGGGGUGUCCGCGAACACUGCGACGGUACAGCGGCGCGUGGCCGGUACGAUGUCCAGGAAAAAGUAUAGGGCGCCUCUGCCGCCGGCGAACGGGUCGGAACUGAGGCCGUCGCAGCCGCCGCCGCAACGGCAGCAACAGCAACAGCAGCAGCAGCAGCAGCAGCAACGCGGGCCCUGUCGCCGAGCGGCACCGGCGCAACGUCGCAGGAAGGGUCCCGCGCCCAAGCCGCCCGUCGUACAGCAACUUCAGCCGCAGCCUGUCGGCACCGCUGUCGCCGCAGCCGCCGCCGCCGCCGGGUCGAACGUCAAGCGAAAAAUCUCGCAGUACGAGAGGGACCGACUGAUGCAGCGGGUGGACAAGAUCGAAAAGCACUUUUUAGAUAAGAAGCCGGCGAAUUCUUCGAAGGCGGAUACGACGGCAGCCGCCCGCGGCCACGGGUUCGCGUCCCCGGCGGCGCUGUACACGGCCAUGGCCGCCACGAACCUGACCGAGCUGGACAAGCGAGCGGCCGAGAUAUGUCGGCAGAGGAACCACCGCGGCGGGCUUGGCGUACCGUUGGCCGUACCGCUGACGGCAGACCACAAGAACGCCAUCGUCGCGGCCGUCAUUCGGAAAUCGUAUCCGACGGCGACGGCAGUGGCGGCGGCCGAUGACGGCGGUAAACGAUCGGACAAAGUGUCCGCGGGGCCGUCUGCGGCGGACGACGAAAAGCGGCUCGUGCGACACAAACGUUUAGCGUUUUUCCAACAACAGCGGCCGACGGGAUUCGCGGACGAGCGGUCGACCGUCGGCAAAGGCACGGCGGCCGCGAGCAGCGCGACCGCCGUCCCUAAACCGUUGUUGCAGACAACGCGGACGGCGUUCGAGUCUGCCGCCGCCGCAGCGAAAACGUCCGAGUUGGACGCGACACCUUCGGUCGUCCAGAGUGACGGCGGCGGUUGUUCGUCUGCUGCAGACACUAAAAAUUUGCCAUCUGAAGAUAAAGAUAUUAACUGUUAUCAGCAAUUAAAGGCCAUGGAAAUGCAAAGUGACCUAGUACUUCAUAACGGCCCCUUUGAGUGCGCUGUGUGUUUAUGUACAUAUGAUAAUAAUGGCGUUGUGUUACGUGAUUGUUUGCAUGUAUUUUGUAGGCUUUGUCUGAAAAUGACGAUCGAUCAUUCGAAAGCCGAACAAAUUGAAUGUCCGUACAUAGACGAGCGGUACUCUUGUACCGGAGUCUUGCAACACCGCGAAAUAAAAAAGAUAUUGGAUUCAGACGAAGAGUACGAACGAUUUUUGCAAAGGUCAGUGGAACGAGCCAGACAGUUGUUGGCAAAAGAGCACAACGGUGGAUCUUUUCAGUGCAGACGACCCGACUGUACUGGUUGGUGUUUGAUCUACGAUAAGAAUAACGUCUUGGAAUUUAAAUGUCCUGUUUGUGGGACAGUAACAUGCGUUCGAUGUGGUUCGAUUCACACACAAGGGAGAGGAUGUAAAAAGUUAAUUGAACAAAAUGAGGGCGAUGGCACGCUUGAGAAUCUCAUCGAACGCGGAGAUGCUAUGCUAUGUCCAGGAUGUAGUACAGUUCUAUCAAAGCAGCAGGGGUGCGAUUGGAUUAAAUGUGCGGUAUGUUUUAUGGAGAUUUGCUGGGCAACUAAAGGUCCAAGAUGGGGACCUAAAGGAAAAGGAGAUACUACAGCAGGAUGUAAAUGUGGCAUACCACCCGGAAGAAAAUGUCACAUUGACUGUAAAUAUUGCCAUUAAGCAUAAAUGGAUUUAGUUGUAUAGUACUAUACUAUAGUGUAUUUUAACAUUGUAGAAAUUUAUUUAAGAUAGUGCUUGGAAAGUUCCUAAAAAAAUAAUUAGCUCACCUCGAAAAAGGAACUUUGUUCAUUCCCAUUUAGGAUUGAAAAAUUAACCGGUCCCUUUCCUCAUUCCUGCAAAGGAACUUUAUUUCGUUUUUUAUAUAUUUUUUAAUUAUAUAAAUUAAUAAUGAUUUUUAUUUCUUCUAGUUUUUAAUUUUUUUACGGGGAUUUCUAGUGUAUAAACUGUGUCUGUAUGUUAUUUUUAAUGCAAUGAUAUUAUGGCUAAUGUUUUGAUAAUUUAUAACAGCAAUUCAAGUCUUAAAUAAAAAUUUAAGAAUACAAUUAAUG